UAUUCUUUUAUUUUCGUUCUUCAUUCUUCAAUUUUUAGCUUUGAAGAAAACCUAAAAAUUCAAUUUGAUAAACAAGAAAAAUAAUACGACAAAAAACACUCAAAGAAAAAAUCAUCAAGAAAAUCGAGGAAAAUAGUAUGGAUUGUAGGUCACAUGUGGGACAUCCUAAUAAUAACUCAAGCAUGGAAGUUUAUUGAAGAAAAAUAUUAAUUGUUGCUGAAAAAGUGACCUUAUUUUUUGUGAUAAAUUCACACUAAAAAUGUCAUUUCUCCGUGGUUCAACAAACUACGUGUGGUGCACAACGAGUGUGCUGGGAAAAGGAGCCACAGGAGCGGUGUUCCAGGGCGUCAAUAAACACAAUGGCGAACCAGUGGCCGUGAAGACGUUCAAUCAGCUGAGUCACAUGCGUCCCUAUGAUGUGCAAAUGCGCGAAUUCGAGGUCCUGCGGAAGGUGAAGCAUGAGAAUAUCGUGAAGCUCCUGGCAAUUGAGGAUGAUCAGGAGGGCCGAGGGAAGGUGAUUGUGAUGGAGCUCUGCACCGGUGGGAGCUUAUUUAACAUCCUCGAUGACCCGGAAAACACCUUUGGGCUCCCCGAAGGGGAUUUUCUUCUCGUGCUGGAGCACCUCUCGGCCGGAAUGAAGCACCUGCGAGACAAUAAUCUCGUCCACAGGGAUCUCAAGCCGGGAAAUAUUAUGAAAUUCAUCUCUGAAGAUGGACGAACUGUUUUCAAGCUCACAGACUUCGGGGCAGCACGUGAAUUGCAGGAGAAUCAGCAAUUUAUGAGUUUGUACGGCACGGAGGAGUACCUCCAUCCGGAUAUGUAUGAGAGAGCUGUACUACGGAAGUCUGUAACACGGAGUUUCACAGCGAAUGUUGAUCUCUGGUCAAUUGGCGUCACACUGUACCACGUGGCAACGGGAAAUUUGCCCUUCAGACCCUUUGGGGGGCGCAAGAAUAAGGAGAUGAUGCAUCUGAUUACCACAAAAAAGGCUUCGGGUGUCAUUUCCGGUACUCAAACCUCCGACAAUGGGCCCAUUGAGUGGUCUCGGGAGCUACCACCGCAUUGUCAACUCAGUACAGGGCUACGGUACUACGUGACCCCCCUCCUAGCUGGCCUUUUAGAGGAGAGUCAGCAAAAAAUGUGGUCAUUUGAUCGAUUCUUUGCCGAAGUGACGAAUAUCCUCAGCAAGAGAGUCCUGCAUGUGUUCUACAUGAACAAGGUGUCCUCCAUAAAGAUCUUCAUGAACAUGGAUGAGCCACUGUUCAACUUCAAGGAGCACAUUCGCCUACAGACGGAGGUACGUUCGGAGAAUCAACUUCUCUUCCUGGACAAUCAGUGUCUGGAGGAGCAUGUGGGGGUGGAGACGUCUGUUCGUGGGUAUCCCGAAACAAGUCAGGAUAACCCAAUUUUCCUCCUCAGUAUUGACAACAACAACGUGGCUUUCCCACCGGAAACGGAACAACCGAAAUUCCCAACAUUCCCCAACACUGUGUCCGUUGAGAAUGACGCCAGCAUGGCUAAGAUGGCCUGUAGUGUGGGGCAUGAUGGGAAGAGACGCGUGGAGAUGUACUCUGUGAUGGAUAGACUGAUUAAAUGCGGCGUGCGGCAGUUUGUCAGCAUGCUUAAGGUGCAGCUGACCAAACUUCUCGAUCGUGUGCAACGUCUCGAGGAUGCAGAACACCUCCACACGUACUUUGCCACUGCUGUCCAACGUUUGGCGCAAGUAACGAAGAAAAAUGGCGACCGGAGGUUGGCUGAGGAAGUUGUGAGGAUUUCUGGGGAACUCAAAACAAUCCGGGCUUCAUUUGCCUCCCUCGUGGAUCCUGUGCGACAGCUUCACAAUCGCUUUGUCACCGAUGACGAUCUCACGCGUCAAUGGUUGGCUGCAACGCGUGACAUUAAGUGUCCGUGCAAGCAGAGGGCGAAUGAGAAGAUGAAGCACUUUGUGGAUAGAUUGAGGGAAUCGUGGCAGCAUCUCUUGCGCGAUAGAGCCACGAGAUCUCUCACCUACAACGACGAACAAUUUCAUGCGCUCGAAAAGAUCAAAAUUACAGAAACUGGAAAGAGGGUUAAGGGUCUGCUAAAUGUGGAGGUGAAGCCAGCACUGAGUCUCAUGGCUGAAUGCCUGGCAGAUUGGUACAAGAUGGCUCAAACAAUUUACCUCCAGACGGCAAUUUUGGACAAAGAUGCCACGCAGUAUGGUGAUAUGGUGGAGAAGAUUCGGUCAAAGUUGUGCUUCAUUGUGGAAGAACUGGAGGAGACUCCGCCAGAGAAUCAACCACAGCCUGCUGAUGAGAAGCUCUACAGCAACAAUGUGACCAAGACACUCCUACUCACCCUAAUGCAGGAACUCUUUACCUGUCACAACGACAUGGAGAGUAUUGUGCGUGAAAAUGCCGACAUAAUUGAUGCAUUACGGAGUGAGGCUGAAGAGUAAAUCUAAAUCCCCUUCCCAGGAUCUGAAGACCUCUAUUCCGGAGAGAUUUCGUCAUUUGCAAUAGCAAAUGUCAUAAAAAUGUUUUUUUUUAAAUAAUAAAAUUAAAGAAAAAGUAA